AUGGAAGAAACUCGCAUUGUCGGCCAUGUUGGUGCAAACAUGAGCUUCUCUGGGCCGAAUUCUACUCAAGAGCGUGCGCAGAGCGCGCAAUCGGCGCUGGCGGCACUCGUCACGAACGAUAGCCCCGAUACAGCCGAGAAGUUGAUCAGCAUCGGUGUUGACCUGUGGGACUGCUAUCGCAGCACCCAGAAGCUAGAACAUCUCGAGGAUGCUGUCCUCGCCAUGCGCCGCGCAUUACAACUCAGACCGGACGGUCGGGAUCGGCCAGGCAUCUUCAAUCAUCUCUGCGUCUUUCUCCGUGACCGGUUCACACAUCUUGGCCUAUUGAGCGAUCUUGGAGACGCUAUCGACGCAGGGAGACGUGCCUUGAAGGGGACGGCUGAAGAGGAUUCUGACUUGUGCGUGUAUCUCAACGGCCUGGGCAAUGCCCUACAAACACGCUACGACAAUAUUGGGAACCUCGACGACCUUCGAUAUGCCAUCUCAGCCUAUACCCGUGCUGUCGACCUUAUGUCUGACGAGCAUCCUGAUAAACCCGCGUUAUACUCGAAUCUCGGGACCGGAUACCACGACUCCUUUCAACGUACAGGACGGGUCGGCGACCUCAAUGACGCCGUGACAGCCUACAAUCGCGCCGUAGCGCUCACGGUCGACAGCCAGCCUGACAAGGUUUUCUAUCUUAAUGCCCUUGGUGGCUCCCUGCGGGACCGUUUUGAACGUCUAGGCAGUCUCGACGAUCUGGAAGUUGCCAUCUCUAUGCUUCGUUCCGCCAUUGAACUGGCGCCCGAUAGUCACUCCCGCAAACCGAUGCUCUUAGACAAGCUCGGGAUGACCUUGCAAUUGCGCUCCGGACGCUUGGAUACCCUUGAUGAUAUUGAAGAGGCCGUGAUGGCGCAUCAGCGUGCGUUUGACCUGCUUCCUGCAGGUCAUGUCGAUAAGUCCGGGCCCUUGAGCAACUUGAGUCUCGCUCUCAAGACACGAUAUGACAGCACGGGAGACAUAGAGGAUUUGGAGCGGGUCAUCCAAAUCCUGCGACUAGCGAUAUCGACUCCGCCAGAGAACCACCGGUUCAAGCCGAUCCAGUUGGGAAACCUUGGGAACGCUCUACAGAACAGGUUUGAGCGUCUUGGAGACUUGGCGGAUCUGGAGAGUGCAAUACAAUCCCAUCGCCGUGCGAUUGAUCUUGCCCCGGGCAACUCGUUCUUUCUCGCCAACCUUGGCAUCGCCCUUGAGUACCGCUUCAAACAGCUCCACAAACAGGAAGAUAUUGAAGCUGCCAUCUCAGCAAAGCAAGAAGCCGUAGAGAGAACGCCUGAACGACACCCGCGUUUGCCAACACGGCUCGCCAACCUCGGUGGCGCCUUCGCAAUCCGCUUUCAGUUCUUUCAACAGUCAUCUGAUCUCGAGAACGCCAUCGAGCUGCUCCGUCGGGCAGUCUCGCUGACUCCCGACGGCCAUCCCGACAAAGUAUACGGGCUCACCAAUCUUGGAGGCGCUCUACAACUUCGCUUUGAUCUAUCGCAUAACAUUGGCGACUUGGAGGAUGCGAUCUCCGCACAUCGGCUUGCCACCGAUCUCACUUCGGAAGACCGAGGGAGCCGGCCACAUUUACUUAGGAAUCUUGCUGUUGCGUUGCGCAGUCGUUUUCAACACGAGCAGACCCAGGAAAGCUUUGACGCGGCUGUCGCAAGCUUCUUGGAAGCUACGGACAGACAGCUUGGAUCUCCCCUGCAGCGCUUUCACAUCGCUGUACUCUGCAUCGUGAUGUUCGUCGAGCAUCCUGAGUUCAGCUCCCCCAAGCCUUUACUUAAGGUGUACUCGCGUAUUCUCUCAACUCUUCCAGAGGUCAUAUGGAUCGGUAACACCCUGCGCCGACGAUACGAGGAGUCCGCGAGAGUGGGAGCGAUGGUCAACGCGGCGGUAGCUGCCGCAAUCGACGCCGGGGAUUUGCCGAGGGCGCUUGAGUGGCUUGAGGAGGGAAGAGCACUCGUCUGGUCGCAGAUCCUUACUCUGCGGACACCUCUGCACGAACUACGGGAACAACAUCCUGACCUAGCCAAUGCGCUGGACGGGUUCAUUCACGGGAUGCAGAAGAUUACUCCUGCGCAUGACAUGCUACGAGACACUGAUGCGGUGCAUGAGGACUGCUCUCGUCUCUUACCAGCGACCGACGAGAAUGCCGAUCGUCAUAGAUACCUCGCCGUGAAGUAUGAACAACUGUUAGUCGAAAUCCGCUCUCAUGCAGGUUUCGAGGAGUUCCUACGUCCAAAGACGUUCGAGCACCUCGCUGCCUCACCUCAUCCCCCCAACACACGCGUCGUGAUCAUAAAUGUGGAUCAUCACCGUUCUGAUGCCAUUGUCGUCUCUUCCGGGGGGAGCGUCACCUUAGUCCCACUCCCCGAGCUCACGUUGACGCGCGCGCGCAAGUUGCGCUCUAUGUGGAAAGCACACCUCGAGAACUCUGGGGUUCGCAAGCGGGCCAUGAUAGAGGUGCCAUCGGACGAUGGUCAAGAAGGACUUCGUUUCGGGGUUAUACUAGAGAGGCUAUGGGUUUGGGUCACUUACCCAGUUCUACAAGCCUUGGACUUGAUGGAUGUCCAACAGGAUACGGGGAACCUACAGCACAUUACCUGGUGUCCUACCGGACCUCUCAUGCAGUUACCGCUGCACGCAGCAGGGCGUUCAACACGUACGGGGCGAGUCGCCACGUCGGGCGCAAGGGCGAACGACGAGGAGAAAGGCGGCGAGGGAGGGGAGGGCGAUGACGGGGAAGAGCAAGAGGGACGAAAACGGACAAGUCGCGCGACGCGCGGUCCGAAUGGCCGGCAAACGCCGAUUGGCUGGUGGAUCCCUCCGACGCGUCAGACGCGAGAAGUCGUUCGACCUUCCUUCCUUCCCUCCAUCAUCCCCGCUCCUCUCCCGCCCGUCUUCGCAUCCUCGCCCAGCGCUCCUCUCGCUUGUCUCGCCGUCGUCGUCAGGCUUCAACGACGAUAUGUAGCCGUCUCCGCCGUAGUUCCUUUAUCGAGUGCUUGCGCCGCGUCGCCAGAUGUUGCGCCGACUCGCUCGCGACGUAACCGCGCCUAUCUUCGCUGUCUACCCGCCCGUCGCCUAGCGCGCACGGGCGUGACUUUGCGUCCCGCCGCCGCUGUCCUAGGUCUUCGCGUCCUUCGCGCUCGGGGACGCAGGUGCGUCGGCCUGCUGUGCCAUCCCGCUCGCUGGCGACGGCUGCGUGCCUGCUCGGGCGAGCGGCCUUUUGGCCGCAAGUGA